GGUACUUCCGAGGUCCAUUGUCUGGUGCCGAUAAGCUCUCUCCUUCCCUCUCCCUUUCCCGCCUUUCACGUUCAACUACUACUCUUCUUCAUCCUCAACACAGCCACUUUAGAUUUCUGUCACACCCUACAUUUGUCUUGAAUUGUUGUGAAGUUUGCCAAAAUGGCUCGCGAGGAGCUCAUCUCCUCUGCAAUUACUUUCCUUCAAGAUCCGUCGGUAGCAUCAUCACCGAUCGAGAAGAGGGUCGCAUUUCUUCAGUCCAAAAAUCUUACGAAAGAGGAGAUCGACAUUGCUCUCUCCCGAGCCGGUGAAGACCCAUCUACGGCUACUGCAGUAACUGCAUCGUCAGGAUAUCAUCCAUCUUCGCAACCACCCGCCUACCGACCUCCUCCACCUGCCCAAGGAUAUGGAUAUGGCUAUCCCCCAUAUGGCCAAUGGCAACCGCCUCCUCCCGAGCCCCCAAAGAGGGAUUGGCGCGACUGGUUCAUUAUGGCCACGACAGUAGGAGGUGUAGGAUACGGGCUGUAUUUUGUCGCUAAGCGCUAUAUCACACCCCUUAUCGCACCACCCACUCCGCCCCAACUGGAACAGGACAAGGAGAACAUUGAUGAACAGUUUUCUCGUGCCUUUACUUUGAUUGAGCAACUCUCUACAGACACCGCGGCCCUGAAGUCAGCCGAGGAGUCCCGCACGGAGAGGCUAGAUGCUGCUCUGCGGGAGGUUGAGAAUCUUGUGGCAGACUUGAAGAACGCUUCGCGUCGGCGAGAUGAUGAAACUCGUCGCAUUAGCGAUGAAGUCAAGUCUCUGAAAGAUGCUAUUCCUAAAGCUCUGGAAGGUGCUCGGGAAGGGAACGAGAACCGGUUGAAGGAGCUGGGAACCGAGCUGAAGAGUUUGAAGUUGUUAUUGGGUAACAGGCUCGGAGGCAGCGGAGCCGCUACCUCCCCCAGCGUUGGGAAGCCCAGUGGCCUGCCGACUGCAUCAAGCACUUCUCGUCCUACGGAAGAAUCGCCCGCUGCUCCCGUCACCAACGGUUCCACAACGACAUCGACUGAGCAAUCCUCACAGCCGUCUUCUACUGGACCCACGCAGUCGAACCAGACCGCUGGUGCCGCCAGCAGCAGCCCUCUUUCCCAAUUCAGCCGAUCCGCUUCGAUUCCUGCCUGGCAAAUGGCCGCUGCCAACCGCUCCAAGAAUGCGUCUCCUUCCACUCCCACUUCCUCCGCUGGGGACAACUCUACCGCGCCUGCCGGUGAGCAGAGUGCUCCGGCCAGCUAAAACCUUCACCGCUUCUUUCAUGCACUUCAUGUAGGUUCCAUUUUUACUUUUACGCCGAAUUUCCAUUCCUAUGAUUGUAUCCAUUAUGGGAUAAUGAUUGUUUGAUUGGUGAUUAUUAUUACCGCUUUCAUGUGACUAAGGAUUCGAGAGGCUUAGCAUAGUUGUAGCAUUAUUCUGGUUUGCAAAAUGUUAUAGAUGUUCUGACAAACGUUGCUCUACAAAGGGUCAUUCAUAGUAUUCAUCUUCUAAGCAUGAUAAUAUACCGUAUAUUAGGAAAAUCAACUUGCG